GGGCCGCGCGGCGGCUGCGUUCGUGGGCGCCGCCGGGGAGCAGCGAGCGGGGGACGAGUGUGGAGGGUUCUUUUCAGUCUGUUUGAAUUGCAUGACUUCAGUUUUUGACUCUUUAAAUGUUGCCACGUUGGGAGGAUCCUUUGGGAAAGUUCUUAGAACCUGCGUUGACACAAGUGUGCUGGGUGCUGGUUGCACGUGUUUUCCUCCUGUGUGAAUUGAUGCUUGUUAGGCUCCGGGUGUUCAUUAUCUGUUUAUGAGGAAGUCCUCUGCCUGCACCUCCCUGGAGUCCCCGCCCUGCCACGAGGUACACUUGGCAAACUGUACAAUGGCACUUGAGUGGGUUUUUGAAAAUGUCUGAGGUUUAGUGGCUACAUCAACCUUCUGCCUUUCCGCCACCCUUUAAAAAAGAAUAAAUGGGAUGUUUGAGAAGAGUGAUAUAUUAAAAGAGUUUUGCAAAUGGCUUCAGACCCUGUGAAUGGAAAACAAGCUAGAAAUCACUUCACAAAGGGGAAAAGACAACAACAGCACCAGCAAACAAAGAACAGAUCUUCAGUUAGUGAUGGUGGUGGAGAAGACUCCUUUAUUUUUGAAGCAAAUGAAGCUUGGAAAGAUUUUCAUGGUUCUCUUCUUCAAUUUUAUGAAAAUGGAGAACUCUGCGAUGUCACGCUAAAGGUUGGCUCGAAGCUGAUCUCUUGCCACAAGCUGGUGUUGGCUUGUGUUAUUCCCUACUUCAGAGCCAUGUUUCUCUCCGAAAUGGCUGAAGCCAAGCAAACGCUGAUUGAGAUCAGAGAUUUUGACGGCGACGCCAUAGAAGACCUGGUAAAGUUCGUCUAUUCUUCCCGGCUCACUCUGACUGUGGACAAUGUCCAGCCCCUCUUGUACGCAGCCUGCAUCCUCCAGGUUGAGCUGGUGGCCAGAGCGUGCUGCGAGUACAUGAAGUUACAUUUCCACCCCUCCAACUGCCUGGCAGUCAGGGCCUUUGCGGAGAGCCACAACCGAACAGACUUGAUGGACAUGGCGGACCAGUACGCCUGUGAGCAUUUUACCGAGGUGGUGGAGUGCGAAGACUUUGUGAGCGUGUCACCCCAGCACCUCCAUAAGCUGCUGUCCUCCAGCGAUCUGAAUAUCGAGAAUGAGAAGCAGGUCUACAGUGCUGCCAUCAAGUGGCUUCUUGCCAACCCUCAGCAUCAUUCCAAGUGGUUGGAUGAAACACUUGCACAGGUUCGUCUGCCCUUGUUGCCAGUUGAUUUUCUCAUGGGUGUUGUGGCAAAAGAACAGAUUGUCAAGCAAAAUCUAAAAUGUAGAGAUUUACUGGAUGAAGCAAGAAAUUACCACCUUCAUUUGAGUAGCAGAGCAGUACCUGACUUUGAAUACUCUGUUCGGACCACCCCAAGGAAGCAUACUGCUGGUGUGCUGUUUUGUGUAGGUGGUCGAGGUGGGUCUGGGGACCCCUUUCGCAGUAUCGAGUGCUAUUCUAUCAACAAAAACAGUUGGUUCUUCGGACCAGAAAUGAAUAGCCGAAGGCGACACGUGGGUGUGAUCUCUGUGGAAGGUAAAGUGUAUGCAGUAGGUGGACAUGAUGGAAAUGAACAUUUAGGUAGCAUGGAGAUGUUUGAUCCUCUCACUAAUAAAUGGAUGAUGAAGGCAUCAAUGAACACAAAGAGGCGAGGAAUUGCUCUGGCCUCCUUAGGAGGCCCGAUUUAUGCAAUUGGAGGCUUAGAUGACAACACUUGCUUCAAUGACGUGGAGAGAUACGACAUAGAGUCCGACCAGUGGAGUGCAGUGGCGCCCAUGAACACUCCCCGUGGAGGAGUCGGCUCUGUGGCUCUGUUAAACCAUGUGUAUGCAGUAGGUGGCAAUGAUGGAGUGGCUUCUUUAUCUAGUGUGGAAAGGUAUGAUCCACAUCUGGAUAAAUGGAUAGAAGUUAAAGAAAUGGGUCAACGAAGAGCAGGCAAUGGAGUUAGUGAGCUUCAUGGAUGCUUAUACGUUGUUGGUGGUUUUGAUGAUAAUUCUCCUCUGAGCUCUGUUGAGCGGUACGACCCCAGAAGCAACAAGUGGGAUUACGUGGCAGCGCUGACCACGCCCAGGGGCGGAGUGGGGAUCGCCACCGUGAUGGGCAGGAUCUUUGCGGUGGGCGGCCACAACGGCAACGCGUACUUAAACACGGUGGAAGCCUUCGAUCCGGUGCUGAAUAGGUGGGAGCUUGUUGGAUCUGUGUCUCACUGCAGAGCUGGAGCAGGAGUAGCUGUGUGUGCCUGUUUAACCAGCCAAAUUCGAGAUGUAGGUCGUGGAUCCAAUAAUGUGGUUGACUGUAUGUGAUUUGAAUUCCAGCCGCCAACAAUGUAGUCAUAUCUGAUAGGCAAGAAAGAAAGCCAAGAUUUUGAGAUGACCACCUUUGAGCAGUUUAAACUACAGUUAGAGUCUUAUUUUAAGUGUUAACUGUUGUGUUGUGACUGAGUACAACUUUUGGAAUGGUAGCUGGAGAAUUAUUAGUAAUAAAGUUAAAUUUGAUGAUUCCUGCUUUAGCAAAUAAUGGAGUAGGGAAGGAAGACAGUCUAACUUAAAAGCAAACCUGCUCCAAAAAAAUGCUUAAAAGUAGUAUCAAAACUUUGAAACCUUUUUUUUAAAUUUGGAUGAAUCAAAAUAUAAUUUGUUGAGUUUUAACUUUUGUUUUGCCUAAAGGUUAUUAACCUCAGGCAGUGGAUUUUUUUCCUAGAGGGGAGAUUAGAACCUAUUCAUCAACACAAGGACACAUAAGAGACCUGCUCCUUUUGAAGAUCAUUUCUAUGUGGUGCUGAUGAAUUUAUGCCUUGCUUUUUUCCUAUGUGUUGAUUUUUCAGUUUCUUGGAUAUUUACAGAAGUGGAAAAAUGUUUUGUCUUUUUGAGUGUCACUUAGCUGUAUCUUUAGCUUGUAGCAGUGCUAUAAGAAUUCUUUCAUUGCAGUUGGAAUUGCCAGGUCACCAAAAGAUCAUUCGAAAGAGUUUAUAGUUUCAUUUUUUCAUCUCAUGCAAAAAGUGUUUCAUAAUAAGCAAAACGUGAGCCAGAGGAAAUAUUAUAUUAGAGAAAGUUUUAGAUUUGAUAUUACUCUAGUGUGAAAGAUUGAUACAGAAUGUGACUCUUUAAUAUGGAGAAUCUGAAAAUACCUUGAAUGCUCUUCUUUAAUCAUUUGAUUUUGAACCCAGGAUUUAUUAUCUUUCUGUUCUGUUACUCGUCACCAUUCUGGUUUUCCCCACUGUACAGAUUCUGGAUUUAUUUAUUAUCAGAAUAUGAAUACAUUUUUACAAAAACCCUUUAUAACUGCCAUUUAUUGAUUAGUUCAAGUCCAUCGUUAACCAAUAAAACAUUGUUGGUAAAAGCAGAGAAAAAUUGAAACUGCUGUUUUUCUCAUUAUAUUUAAUCCUUGCCAGUAUAUUUAUUGAAAUUUAAUUGAAAAUGUUUCUGUAUAUUAAUUUGAAGCCAGGAUAUUGAUGCAUCUACUGAUUUAACAGCUUUUCAUGGUUUUAACCAGCAUUAUAAAAUGGCCCAUUCAUUAAAUGUAUAUAUUUUUUGUAAAUAUUUAUUAACCCUAAAAUACCCUAUUUUGUAUUUGCAGCGCAGUUUGGUACCUCUCCCAGGCCUUCCUAAAUUUUCAUUUAGUUAUGCCUUAAAAUUUAUUGUCGUCCACUGCUGGCCAGUUAUGUUUCAUAAGGAAGCUGGGGCAGUGAAAGACACUUCCCCCAUCCAUCCAUCCAGCCCACAAGUUCAUCGACUAAUUAAUAGCUUGUACACUCUCAUUAAGUGGGGUCCUGGACACGUCCGUAGGGUGGAAAAACCACAUUACGAAAGCCAAUAUGUAUUGGGUAUAUCAAACCAGAAAAGAAUUUUAAGAGUGCUCACACUGGCAGAUAAAUGUCUUUCAUGAAGCCGAUUUAAAUGUUCCCAAAUUACACUAUUAGUAUUUUUUCUGCUGUCACCUGUGGGCAAGUUCAUAAAUCAUUGCUGGAUCCAGACGAGCAGUUCUCUUGUACGACAGCCAUAUUUCAGUCAGUUCCAAAAGCGUUUAAAUCUAUAGCACUUUACUGGAUUUGCUACAAGUCUCAAAACCUGGCUUUAGCUGUCUGUUUUCCACAUGUCUAAUGGAGUUCUUGUAUUAUGCUUGUUUAGCUACGGUUACUAGUAUGUUUGUUGUAUUUAUUUUCAGGGGGGAAGGAUCUUAUUAUUUCCUAAGAUUAUUUAAAAUGUUUUUUUCAUUAACAUAUUUCUGCCUUUGUUAUGUGUAUAGAGUUGGGGGGCAUGAGUAUUACAUUUUAAUUGCUGGUUUUUAUAAUACAGUGGUUCUCUAACACACUAAAUUGGAACCCUAGCCACCCAGAAAAUACGAACUAUUCAUAAGGACGGUAAAGUGAAAUGAAGGGAACAUGUGGCUAUUUGUUAUGUCAUGAAUGGGCAGUCAGAAGCAUUGCCUUGAAGGACCUUACAAUAGUAUGAAAAGAUAAAUAGCAUGAUCAGUACGCACAGUCUCGUUGUAGGACAAAAGCACAUUCUUUGAGAUAUAAAAAGAGUCAGACUGAAGGAAUCGUGACAUUGAAAAAUGAUUAUAUUCAUAGGUGAAGAGAUCAAAUAUUCAAAGAAGAUGGCUACUUUAUUGAGAGGCCUAUCACUUUAACCUCAGAUGUUAACAGCACCUACCAAAAAGUGAUAUAAAAUACACUAAAAUAUUGAAAUUUUCAAUGGAAAAGAGAAACAGGGGAAAAUGUGCAUAUUUCUUCAAGAAAUAGUUCUGGGUGCUUUUGUGUGAUUCUCUCAUUUAGUCAUUAAAGCCACUGCUUUACUAUUAAGUAUAUUGCACUGCCACUUUAAAAGCAAAUUACUUGAUUUUGGUUUUGACUAAUUUCACUAUAUCAUGUAACUGAUUAUUUCUAAAAUAUUUGAGUAAACUUUGUACACCCAUUAGGGAUUAGUAUUCUCUUAAUCCAAAAUGAACUUUGAAUUUAUAAUUCUGUUUAAUGCCUAGAUUAAGGAUUGUUGAAACUGCAUAAACUAUUCUUGAAAACAGUAAACUUGAGAAUUUUCUUUGCUGCUUUUUUCUCUAUGUCUUGUAUAAGAAAGGGAGAAUGUGUUUAAAAUCUAAUUCGUGUUUUAUCAGUUAAGAAUGUAUCUGUGGUUUCUCAUGCCAGACUUUUAAAGAAAUUAUUAUUGGGAUGUCAUUGGCUAUGUCUCUUUCCCCUUCAUGUGAAAUUACAAGUGGCAGUAAAACCUCUCUGUAAUAUUUUCUUAAAACCAUUUCUAAAUUUGUGUUAUAACACUCCAGCAAAUCAGAAUAAUAAAUAAUUAUAUAUACUGCCAAGUGCUGAUAUCAAAGAGUUGGGGUCACAUCAGUGCUAUUUAUUAAUUCAAAAUAAAUUGCAGAUUAUCUAUUGAAAA